CGGGGCGGCCCGCGACGGUCGGCGAGGCGCGCUCGGAGCGAGCAGGCGGCGCGAGGCUGCGGGUCGCCGUGCGCUCGGACACCUGUCGUCGCCGUGGGAAGGGGCUCCCGCUAGAAGUCGUCUUCUACCUCAGGAUGGGACCCUGGCUGCUUCCCGACUUCCUGUGAGCAAGCGGGGAACCGAGGUCUCUGUGGGGAUGCCUGUAAGCCAGCAGAAGCCGGACUCUUCGGAGAUGGACUCUGACAUGUCGCCCAGCUGUGGGCUCAGCGACUUGAGCAGAGGGGGCAGUCUGGAGAGCCGGAGCAGCAGUUCCCGGUCGCGAAGCUUCACUCUGGAUGACGAGAGCCUCAGGUACCUCACCCACGAGGAAAAGGACGUCAUCUUGUUUUUUGAGGAGACUCUGGAUUCCUUGGAAGAUGACUUUGAGGAGCCGGUCCAGUGUGACAGCGGGAUCCACUGCCACUCCCCACAGUCCCUGGAGGAGAGCGCUUCCAGUCACUCUGAGCCUGAAGAUGUCAUCGAUCUGGUACAGCCAGGACCUCCCGCUGGGGAAGCGGAGCGCCCUGCAGCCGUGACCGCAGGGGCUGCACCUGUCGGGAAGGAAGACGCGCCCGAACUUGAGUGCAAGAAACCAGAGGCCGAGAGUUCCCGGCUGCCGGACCCCACAGAGCUGGGCGCCCUUCCUCCGCCAGCUUCCCCACCCAGCACCUUGGCCCCAGGCCCCCCCAGGAAAGAGCCGCUCUCCCCUCCUCCAGCAGAGCACCCCAAACUGUCCCGCUCCGUCCCCACUCCUCUGGUCCUCGCCCAGAGGAUUUCCGAGAAGUUGGCAGGAGGUGAGGCACUGUCGCCCACGUCCCCCUUGAAGGAGGGCAGGCCUGGAGAAGGGAGGACGCCCGGGGAGCCCUCGCCAUGGCACAGACACCCCGCGCAGCCUGCACCCAAGGUCCACCGCUUCCCCAGCAACAUCAGCGUGACCAACAGCGCGGGGAAGGAAUUCAACAAGACCAUCUCCAAGGCUGCCGUCAAUGUGCAGGAGCGCAGAGCGCAGGUCCUGGCCAACAUCAGCGGCGUCUCCUUCCUCACCGCAGCGGCCGGCAGGGAGGAUGCAGCCCCGAAGAAUGACCUCGAGCAGGGGAGAGGCCCCCCUCCAGGUCAGGCGACCCAGGAGCAGAGCGGGGCUGGCCCAGCCAAGGACGCUGACGGCCCACAGGCAGCACAGGCCAGCCGCCAGCACUCCCGAGGCGUGCAGACCGAGGGGUGCCCGGCGCUGGCCAACGGCUUCCAGAGCAUCCACGACGUCCUCCAGAGCGAGCCCAGCCCCUUCGUGUCCACCGGCAAGACGGUCACCAUCCGUCCAGGCCCAGCUCUUCCCGGGAAACUGGCACGCCAGAGCACCAGCAAGAGCUGUUACGACGGUGGGCCGCCGCCCAGGAGGCGAACGGGCUCUCUCCCGAGGGCGGCCGGCUUCAGGCCCCAGGGCAUCACCGUGCAGUUCUCUGGCCGAGGCUCCACAGAGGAGGCUCGCCGGGAGGCCCUGCGAAAGCUUGGGCUCCUGAAAGAGAACUUGUGACAGAGACCGGCCGGCUCGCCAGCCAUGGCCCGUGGAGUGGCCAGAAUGGACCAUGUUCCCCUCCCCCACUGGGUUUGUUCCAUCCUGCAGAGCCAGGAGCUCCCCGGCCUAAAGAGCAGCUGUGGCUCCUGCUGCGCCCUGCCCUGCAGAGGGUCUGGGAUGGGAGGCAGCAGGCUGGGGGUGGGGCAGGGGAGGAGCUGAGCACUGCCCACUCCCCACUCCUGUCCCACCGCUUCUGUACAGGGCAGACCCCGGGCCCGGGUCUCCCAGGACCUCCAGGGAUCAGCUCCCAGGGUUUCCAGAUGCCAUGUGCUUUGUGAAUUGUGGAGGGGGGCACAUGUGACUUGUGACACUGGCACAGGCAGAGGACGUGAAAGCCAGGUCAGAGCUCUUCUCAGGACCCCCCUACACACACACACUUCCCUAGAGAAUUAAAAAUGCUUAGGGUGCUUUCUCCCUGUUUCUGAAGGGUGAGAGGUGGUACUUCGGCUCUAGCUAUGCUUUCAUUUCUUGAUACACUGAGCUUCCCCAGGGUUUUCACUGGAAAUAAAAUGAGACCUUUGGGUUAUGGUUGACUACAGUUGUGGAUUGUGGGGGUGAAACAGGUCGAGUUUGGAAAAGGUGGUGGUUUUGAGAAAGCCAGUCUCAUUGGACUACAAGGUCUGUGUUACUCAGACGUAAACGUGUGUCUGUGUUGUGUGUCUAUGUGUACAUAACCUGUGUUGUAGAUACAUGUGUUAGCAUAUACAUACACACAUAUUUGGGGGGUGUGUAUGCAUAUUACAAUUACAUGAAUAGAAGCUUGAGAGGACCCUGUGAAGUCACCGUAGGAUGUGCGCACUUGCUGUUCUGAUGGACACAGGCACCUCAACAUCGUGCUGGGUGUCAACUUCCCAAUCUGGACGUCUCGUGAGGAUGCAGCGCCACAGUAUUUUGGGGACUCCAGAGUGAGUUCACCUCAACGCUGUGUCCCCCUGUUCCCAGUUAAAGUAAAGUGCACUGCUUCCACGUGAAAAAGCUCCCUAUUCAGUGAAGAACAUUUAAAAGAUUCCUCUCCUUCGUCACCUAAUGCUAGUUUUGCAUGUUCCGGGGCAGCCAGGGAGCUGAAGGACAGAGAUCUGUUGUUGUCAUCAUCGUGGUUGCAAUUCCAGCAAAGGUUUAUCACAAAAGUAAAGAGACAGCAACUGGUACACCUGAUAGGCCAGGCGGGCCUCUCAGAAGAGGCUGAGAGCCAGAAACAGAUUCUUAAAGGGGCCCCGCUGGUUCUGCUCCGUGAGCGGAAUCUCAGGACUACCUUAGAAGAGGCAGGCAGUGAACCAAGCUGCACAGCACGCAGAGACCUGGACAAUCCCAGGCUGAGCCUUCCACGCUGGGCUGGGCCACCCGUGUGAUCCUCCAAAAAUAGCCAGGGCAGGGCUGCCCAGAAGCCACGCCCUGCGUGUGUGUGUCACAGCCGGCGGGGACAGAGCCCGGCUCCAUCCUGUUGAGUGUUACUGAUGUCCAGUGGGUCGUGUCAGUUACGGAAGACAAUGGUUGUCCUGUCUUCCUUGGAACUACAGGAAGGAAGGGGUCGCGCCCAACUCUUGUUCUGACGUAAUCUCACAGAUUCCCCAGGAUGCUGAUUGUAAGUAGGUGCUUCCAUCAUACAGCUUUUAACCAGGGUUAGUUAGGUUUAGUUUCCUCCUGUUUUUGUUGAACUUGUUGAAAGUGUUCUUGAAGGCCCUGGGUCCUUUCUGCAGAGUGGAUGGCACCCAGCGUGUUCAAUAGUGCAGGGGCUCGCUCCAGCUCAUGUCUGCGGUGCCCUGUGUGCAGACCUUACCCUGUGAUGUGAACAGGGUGCACUCAACUCUGUGUUAGUAUGUUUGCUCUCAAAGUGAUGUAUUUGAGAAAUAAGUUUAGAGUUUUACUGUAAGUAUGAGCAAGUUUAUUUUUACAUUAUAUACUAUAUUCUCAAUUACUUUCUUUUUGGUGGUUACAGCCGUCAUCUUAUUUAUUCAUAAUUUCUUCCUGUCUAAUUUAUUCCUAAUUCUGCUGUUAUUCUGGUCACUUCUCAUGGUGCACGCACGCCCUAGUGAUGAAAGCCGGAUGAUGUGUGCAAGGUUCAAACCACAGCUGCUCCUGACCUCAGCCCCAAGUCUGUGUCAGGUUAACACGAAGCCCGGCGUGUCAUUGUCACCACUGUGUGAUGGGAUGUGCUCGAAGGCCAUCCGGUUCACAGUAGCUCGAAGGCCUCUAUUUCAAAGCAAAAUUAUGGUGAAAGGAAAAACAGCCUGCUAUUGCACACCCUGGGAGGCAGCAGAUGAUGGCUGCAGUGCCUGGGUCCCUGCCACUCGCUGUGGGAGACCUGGACUGAGUUCCUGGCUCCUGGCUUUGGCGUGGCCCAGCCCUGGUCGUUGCUAGCGUAUGGGGAGUGAACCAGCAGAUGGGAGCUCUCUCUCCAUCUGUCUCUCUACCUUUCAGUUAAAAUGAAAAUAAAUAAAAAGAAGAGGAAUGACGAACUCUAA